CUCACUAGCUUUAGUACCCAACACUCGAGCAUAUUCAUUUCCAAGUAUAUCGUUCACUACAGCUUCCCCACACUACUUUUAGUAUUUUAUCUUUCUCAAUUUUUGUAACAAUGAAAAUGGUUGGAAAGAUUGCAUGCUUCAUGGUUCUGUGCAUGGUGGUGGUAGCACCCCAUGCUGAGGCCUUAACCUGUGGCCAGGUUCAGUCUGGCUUGGCUGGUUGCCUCCCUUAUCUUCAGGGUCGUGGCCCUCUCGGAAGAUGUUGUGGUGGUGUUAAGGGUCUGAUGGGUGCAGCCAGGACCCCAGCGGAUCGGAAGACGGCAUGUACUUGCCUGAAAUCAGCUGCUAAUGUUAUUAAGGGCAUUGAUGCCGGCAAAGCUGCUGGUCUCCCUCGUGUUUGUGGUGUUAACAUCCCUUACAAGAUCAGCCCCUCCACUGACUGCUCCAAGGUCCGAUAAGGCUGAUGAAAGCGCAAUUUUCCAAAGCAUAAUUUGGUAGUAGCGCAAUCUUGUGGAGAAGAAUAAGAUGGAUGGAUAUCAAGUUUGAUCUUGCUUAUGGAUCCAUUACUAUGUUGUAUCUGUUGUCUUUCUUUUUUAUUUGUGUCUUUCGGAGUAUAAACUCAUAGUUGAGCCUUGUAUUGAAACUUUGGAGGUUGGUUGUAUUACAAUCCAAUUUUCAUAAUACAUGCAUUAUCUUUCUUAUCUAGUCAAUGGCAAUGCUCUUUCAUUUCGGAA